AUGGAGACUGCAGCGGCGAUUAAAGAGAACCGGGAGAGAGAGCAACUAAGAAGAAUUUUCAACCGAACAGCGACGAAGCUAGAAGCUGAUAUCAAAGUCGAAAAUUUCUCGCAAGUGUUGAUCGACAUUGAAUUUCUUAAGAGUAAGGUUGAACGAUUAGAAGCUUUAGAUAAAAUGAUACAAGACCUCAUGUUAGAAAGCGACAGUUAUGAUGAAGAAUCCUUCAGCAUUGAAAUUGAUACAGCGGACACGUAUAAAUACAGAUGGCACACAAUUAACAAUCAGAUAAAGACAGGUAUGUCGUCAAAAAUUCCUCUUGAUAAGAUUGAAGAUGUAAAGCCAGCCAGGAAUUACAAUUUACCUAAGUAUGAGCUAAAGAAAUUUGAUGAUAACCUGAAGAACUGGUUAGCUUAUUGGGGCCAAUUUAAGAAAAUUGACGAAGAUCACUCAUUGUCUGGAGAGGAUAAGUAUCAGUACCUCCUUCAAUCAUUAAAGGAAGAUAGUAACGCUCGAGUAUUGGUGGAAAGUUUCCCUCCGUCUGCUGAAAAUUAUACAAAGGCUAUUGAACAACUCAAGGCAAGAUUUGGACGGGAGGAUCUUCUCAUACAGGUUUAUGUUAGGGAAUUAUUAAGUUUAGUUUUAAACAAUAAUAAAAAACAAGUAUCUAUUAGACUAUUAUAUGACAAAAUUUCAACAUAUUUGAUGUCUUUAGAAACGUUAGGUAUUGUUAAACAGAAAUAUGAAAUAAUUUUGUAUCCCCUUGUAGAAUCAGCAAUUCCCGAAACAAUUCUUAUUGCUUGGAAUAGAUGUAACACUGAUCCAUCUCUUGGUAACCAAUUGACAAGUUUAUUAAAUUUUCUUAAAAACGAAGUAGAAACAGAAGAGCGAAUUAAUUUAGCGAGGUCCGAUUUUAAUUGUAUUGGUACUAAUCACACUCUCCACAGGCAACAAAUAAGCAGUUUACCAACAGCAGCAUCGUUAGUAUCAAAUAUAAAACCAAAGGAGUCAGGUAAAGUAGUCAAUGUUAUUUGCUGUUUUUGUGACAAAAGCAAUCAUAGUUCUUUUGAAUGUAGUAGAGCUAAUAAGAUGUCCCUAGAGGAUAAAAAGGAGGCAAUAAAAAAGAAAGGCUGCUGCUACAUAUGUCUUAAAAAAGGUCACAUGGCUAAUAAAUGUAAAAGUUUUUUUAGAUGUUUAUCAUGUGAAAAAAGACACUAUGUGAUUUUAUAUCCGGAAAUUCAUAAGAAAGAAAAGAGUGGAACAUUGGAAAAUGUUUCGUUAUGUGCCAGAACUAAUAUGACAACUUUGUUACAAACACUCAUUGUCAAUAUCACCUAUCAAAGAAAAAUCAAGAAGGUGAGAGUUUUGUUAGACAGUGGUUCUCAAAGGUCGUAUGUAAAAGCCAAAGUUGUUGAAGAAUUAGGAUUGCAUGAGACUGGCAUAGAAAUAAUAGGUCACACAUUAUUUGGGGGUGUGGAUCAGCCUGCCAAGGUAUAUAAAUGCUUUGAUGUUUUGGUAAGUAGCUUAGACAAUAGGUUUUCUGUUAGAAUCAAUGCACUACAGCAGUCUGAUUUAUGUGGGCACCUGCCAAAAAUUAAUAAUGAAAAAAUAUUAGAGAAGUUACGGGACUUGAAUAUUGUGAUCAGUGAUUUUGAUUAUACAGAUACUGAGAUAAGUCUCUUGAUUGGGUCGGAUUACUUAGGAUCCAUCAUACAUAAUGAAACGGUUAGUUUAGGUAACAACCUGAUGGCUGUUAAUACCAAGUUAGGAUGGACAUUACAGGGACCAAUAAAAGUUCAAAGUACAGUCAAUACAUCAAGCACUACAUGCUUUUCAAAAACAAAUCUUUCUGAUUUGUGGAGUAUUGAGUUAUUAGGAAUUCGAGACCCUUAUGAAAAUAAGUCUAAAAAGGAUACUGUAGUCGAGAUUUUGAAAACUUUCAAUGAUAACAUUUCAGUAAAUGCACAAGGACGUUAUGAAGUCUCAUUGUUAUGGAAAGAGGGGUGUGCAGGACUCAAGACAAAUUAUGAAGCUGCAUUUAAACGAUUGGAAUCAACCACAAAAAAGUUAAAAUCAACUGGUAACCUAAAAAUGUAUGAUCAAGUUCUUCAAGACUGGAAGAAAAAUGAUAUCAUUGAGAGGGUUAUAAAUGAUACAAAUACAGGCCACUAUUUGCCACAUCAUAGUGUUAUUAAAUUAUCUAGUAUGACAACACGUGUACGUCCAGUAUUUGAUGCUUCUACAAAGGACAACAAUGGAUGGACUCUUAACGGUUGUUUAGAUAAAGGUAUUAAUAUGAUUGAAUUAUUACCAAAAUUAUUAAUACAAUUUAGAAAAGGUGCUUAUGGAGUUAUAUCUGAUAUAAAACAAGCAUUUUUACAGAUAUCUAUUGCAGAAAAAGAUCGAGAUUACUUGAAAUUUCUCUGGUGGGAAAAUAUAGAAACUUGUAAUGAAUUAGUUGCAUAUCGACACAAAAGAGUGGUUUUUGGAAUUACGUGUAGUCCAUUUUUGUUGAGUGCCACAAUAAUGUAUCAUUUGAGUAAGUAUUCAGAAAAGUACAGGAAAACUGUUAACAAAUUGAAAAAAUGUUUUUAUGUAGACAAUUGUGUUGCAAGUUUUGAUAAUGUAGAUGAAAUGAAUAUAUUUAUAUCGGAAUCUAAGGAAAUAAUGGCAAAAGGUAUGUUUGAUCUGCGUGGAUGGGUAACAGCACCUCACAGAAUAGAUAGCAUUGUUGAAGUUCCUGUGCUUGGGAUGACAUGGAAUACAAUUCUAGACAAUUUAAGAUGUAAUGUCAACAUAAGUGAAGCAAGAUCGGAGAAAAUAACGAAAAGGUAUGUGAUUGCUGUGGCACAACAUAUAUUCGAUCCACUGGGACUUGUUUGCCCAGCAACUUUAAUACCCAAACUUAUUAUGCAGAAAAUUUGGGAACAUAACAUAGAUUGGGAUCAUGAAAUACCCGAAGAGUUAGCCCAAGAGUUCAAAAUCUGGUUAAGUAAAGCACAUUUCAUCAAUCAAUGUCUGUUCCCUAGACAUAUCUCAAUCGCACCUUUAGAAAAAUGUCAGACAAGUCUUCAUAUAUUUUGUGAUGCCAGCCUAACAUCUUUUGCUGCAUGUUUGUUUUUAAGAACAAAAUUAAACGAACAGGUAAAAGUCCAAUUAGUUUUAGCAAAAAAUCGGGUAACCCCAGCUAAAAGAAAAAUGUCUUUACCAAGACUAGAACUUAUGGGGGCGCUCAUUGCAACUCGACUAUACAAAGAGGUUUUAGAGUCAAGAUUGCUAACAAAAUGUAAGGAAUACAAGGUUUAUUUUUGGACAGACUCUGCUGUGGUGCUAUCAUGGCUAAAAAGACAAGCACAUUGGAAACCAUUUGUUUCCAAUAGAGUGAUAGAAAUAUGCUCAACAACCAAUCGUGACGAUUGGUACCAUCUACCUGGUGAGUACAAUCCAUCAGAUCUUCCAUCACGAGGUUGUGACGCAAAGAAGCUUAUGGAAAGUAGAUGGUGGGAAGGCCCAGCAUGGUUGAAGCUUAAUGAGAAGGAUUAG